UCCACUGAGGUACGAGGACGAUUGUCUCUCCUGGCAAACGGACUAACGUCUCCGGGAACAUGGCAGAGCAAGAGAGCCUAGAGUUUGGGAAAGCCGAUUUUGUCCUCUUGGACCAGGUGACCAUGGAGGACUUCCUGGAGAACCUGAAGCACAGGUUUGAGAAGGGACGCAUCUACACCUACAUCGGGGAAGUUGUGGUCUCCGUCAACCCAUACAAACCUCUGUCGCUCUAUGGGAAGGAGGCGAUCGAGCACUACCGGGGCCGGGAACUGUACGAGAGGCCGCCUCACCUCUACGCUGUGGCCGACGCAGCAUACAAGGCCAUGAAGAGACGGGCCAUGGACACCUGUGUGGUCAUCUCAGGAGAAAGCGGAGCUGGAAAAACCGAAGCUAGCAAGUACAUCAUGCAAUAUAUCGCCGCCAUCACCAAUCCGAGCCAGAGGGCUGAAGUGGAAAGGGUGAAAAAUGUUCUGCUCAAAUCCAACGGCGUUCUGGAGGCCUUCGGCAACGCCAAAACCAACCGCAACGACAAUUCCAGCCGGUUUGGCAAAUACAUGGACAUCAAUUUCGAUUUCAAGGGAGAUCCUACUGGAGGACACAUCAGCAACUACCUGUUGGAAAAGUCGCGGGUCCUCCAACAGCAACCAGGUGAGAGGAACUUCCAUGCCUUCUACCAGUUGCUUCUUGGUGCCUCUGACGCUAAGCUGGAAUCUCUCCACCUGGUUGGAGACCCAACGGCCUAUAGGUUUACCAAGGAAGGCGGUAGUAAUAACAAGUCUUUGCAGAGUGAGAAAACCAACUAUCAAUCCGUCCUGGAUGCCAUGAAAGUGAUCGGUUUCACUUCCGAAGAGAUUGAUUCCGUGCAGAAGAUCCUGGCAGCCAUUUUACACUUGGGCAACGUGAAUUUCAUCUGCUCUGGCGACGAGGUGGCCGUCGAAGACCCACAACUGGUCUCCUACCUUGCGGAGUUGACUUCCACCGAGCCAGAGAGCCUCCUGAACACCCUCCUGUAUCGGACGGUGGCUACGGGCGGCGGGGAGGUGAUCCAAAAAGGCCACGGUUGCGACGAAGCGAACUACGCGCGGGAUGCUUGUGCCAAGGCUAUUUACGAGAGGCUGUUUUGUUGGAUCGUGACCCGUAUCAACGCGAUCAUUGAGGUCAAGGACUACGACCCUCGUAUCCACGGGAAAAAUACGGUCAUCGGAGUCUUGGACAUUUAUGGCUUUGAGAUCUUCGACAACAACAGCUUCGAGCAGUUUUGUAUCAACUACUGCAAUGAGAAACUUCAGCAGCUCUUCAUUGAGUUGAUCCUCCAGCAGGAACAGCAGGAAUACCAACGCGAGGGGAUCGAGUGGCAACAUAUUGAAUAUUUCGACAAUCAAAUCAUUGUCGAUCUGGUGGAAGAGCCGCACAAGGGUAUCAUUGCCGUCCUGGACGAAGCUUGCUUGACCGUAGGGAAAGUGACCGAUGCCCUUUUCUUAGAGAGCAUGGACACCCGGCUUGGCAAACACCCACAUUAUACCAGCAGGAAGCUCAAUUCCACCGACAAGUCCCUGGAGUACGGACGCGAUUUCCGGAUCAAGCAUUACGCGGGAGACGUUAUGUAUUCCGUGGAAGGAUUUCUUGAUAAGAACAAAGACAGUCUGUUCCAGGAUAUCAAGCGACUGCUUUACAACAGCGCGGACCCCCUCCUGCAGGAGAUGUGGCCGGAAGGCAAGCAGAGCAUCACGGAGGUGACGAAGCGCCCCCUGACUGCGGCCACCCUGUUCAAGAACUCCAUCGUGGCCUUGGUGGACAACCUAGCUUCCAAGGAGCCUUACUACGUCCGUUGCAUCAAGCCCAACGACCAGAAGUCUCCGUUUCUGUUCGAUGAGGAACGUUGCCGUCACCAAGUCUCAUAUUUGGGUCUUCUGGAGAACGUCCGGGUCCGAAGGGCCGGCUUCGCCUACAGGCAACCCUACCACCGUUUCUUACUCCGGUACAAGAUGACGUGUGAAUACACCUGGCCCAACCACCUCAUGGCCACGGACGCCGCAGCCACCCGAGCCCUGAUAGAGCAACACGGCUUCCAAGACGACGUGGCUUACGGACAAACCAAGAUCUUCAUCCGAACGCCCCGGACCUUGUUCGCCCUGGAACAGGAGCGCUCCAACCUGAUCCCCAUUAUUGUGUUGUUGUUGCAGAAGGUUUGGAGAGGAGCCCUCGCCCGCAAGCGUUGCCGAUACCUACGGGCCAUCUACACCAUCAUGGCCUACUACAAGCGUCACAAAGUGAAGUCUCACUUAUUGGAGCUCCUACAACGCUUCCAAGGUGUGCGGAGCAUGGCGGACUAUGGCAAAAGCGUGGAGUGGCCAGAGCCUCCAGAGGUGCUGGUCCAGUUCCAGGAGAGCAGCAAACUCAUCUUUUGCAGGUGGCGAGCCAGGCAGCUGGUGACCAACAUCCCUCCCUCCGAGAUGGGCCAAAUCAAAGCCAAAGUUGCCGCCUUCGACGUCUUGCAAGGCCGGAGGAAAAAUUGGGGCUGUUGCCAAAACUGGAGACAGAACUAUUUAGUGUCGGCGGAGGAGAAUUCAGCCUUGGCUGCCCAGUUCGUCAAACAGGUCUCCACCCUGAAAGAGAAGAUGCACUUCAGUUCCGUGUUGUUUUCAUGCCAUGUGCGGAAGAUCAACCGGUGUAACAAACGGACGGAUCGAGCCCUACUGAUCACCGACCAGCACCUCUACAAGCUGGACCCCCGGAAGCAAUACCGAGUCAAGAAGACCAUUGGUCUCGGCACAUUGUCCGGUUUGAGCGUCACCAGUGGCGAGGACCAGUUGGUUGUCUUCCACCUGGAGAAGCAGAAGCACCUAGUGGUGUGUCUUCACAAAAUGCAACCAGCCAACGACAACCGGGUCGGGGAGCUGGUUGGGGUCCUGGCGCACCACUUCAGGAGACUCAGGCGGGACCUCCAAGUGACGGUGUCCGACCGCAUCCCACUUAGCCAAAACAACCGGAAACGCUUAGUGACGGUCGUGACCCGGGACGACGUGACCCUGCCAGAUUUCGCCAAGACCCGGGAUGGCUUCGUGCUCUACUGGCCAAGGAGCCGAUGAACCAGUGCUGACUUCAACCUCUCUGGCAAGAGGUGGUAUUCAGCUGGUUCGGACCGAUUCGGGCGAACCGGUAGCGGAAAUGUUAACUGGUUCGCCGAACUGGCAAAUACCACCUCUGGCUGGCCCCGCCCCAGCCCGCCCAGUCGCCGCUUGCGCCACCCGCCCGCUCACCCCGCCCAACCCAGUCAUUCCUCACCUCCCCAGCGGCCGAGCACAGCGCGUGGCCGUUGCUUACUCAUGUGUAGAGUUUCUGCUCUGCCACUUCCCUGCCUGCCUGCGCUGCCUCGCCACUUGGUGCCUGCAGCCUUUGCCCCAACUGAGCAGCCCUGAUCUACUUCCUCCUGCCUACAGGUAAGCCUGCUGAGAGUCGCGUUAUCCCCCCUCCCCUGCCUCCCCUGUCCCCAGAGCUUGCCUGACUGGCUAAGCCGCUGGUGCGGCUCCAUUCCAGGUGGCGGCGCUGGCUGAGGCCUAGCUAGCUGCUCCCCUGUCCCCAUCCCCGGAGCUCACCCGGAGAGCAGGCUGCCGCGGCUGCAUCCUACAUGCCACGGACGCUAGAAGCCGCACGGCCAUGUUGGCCGGGAGAAUGCUCUCCCUCUGGCCAGGAAGCCGCGUGGCCUUGCUGGCGAGGAGGUGCAAUGUCCAUGCCACUUCCUGGAAGUUCCCGCACUUCCAGCUGCUUCCUGCUUGCCUCUGAAUGCCGGCUGAAUGCUCUCCAUCUUUAGGCAGGGGGUUGGACUAGGAGACCUCCAAGGUCCCUUCCAACUCUGCUAUUGUGUCGUAUCUUGCCGGCGGCUUCCUGGCGCUGCUUCUCCUGGUAGCACUGAGCUUCUUGGCUUUUGAAAUCCAGCGCUGGUUUUCCGGCGGCUGAGCCAGACCACCCUCGAAAUCCAAGUGUGUUGGGUUUCAAAGGCCAAGGAGCUCAGUGCUAUCAGGAGUAGAAGCGCCGGGACGCCAUCGAUACGCUCGGCUGUGUUGUAAUGGGCCUGUAGGCCGAAGCCGUCCUGUUUGUUGCGGCGGUGCCCCGCAGCUGGUGCCAGUCAGGGGAAUCCUCGCCCUCCUUCCCCCCCUCCAAUGGGUGGCCGGAAGGCGCCACCCCGGUGUUCUCUGCCGCCGCUGGUGCCAACCGCAGCCGAAGCCGAGUAGGAAAACACCGUGCCACUGGUGGAGUUCCAGGAUGCUGCACCACUGGCAGCUCCACAGCCCCUCUCACCGAUGAAAACUAUCAGACCGAGCCCCCCAUACACACCACCGCCACCCCCCUCCCCCAGUCAUAGCGAUCCCUGGAUCAGGAUUCGGCACACAGGGCAUUGCUGGAGUUUGUUAAGUCCCCAUCUCUUCAGAGCACAAAAUGAUUAUGUUUAUAAACUGCUAAUAUCACCCCCCAGGAGUAAUUCCCUUUGGAGCACUUCCCAUUUUGACAACUUUAGGGAAAAAGUGUUGUCUUUUGGGUUUACCUGGAUGAAAUUCAGGGGUAGGCAUCAUCAUGGGAGGGGUUAAUUUGAAAAUGGGCAGGGAAAAAGAGAAGCGUGUUUCUGUGCAUAACGGAAAGGAAAACAUUGAGGAGUGUUGGGAGGUGAGAGGGGGGUGUGUGUGUGUCUGUGUGUGUGUGUGUGUGAGUCAGGGAAUUCCAGACUGGAAAGAUUGUUUUGUAUCCCAGUUAAAUUAGAACUGAUUCUUUGCGAAGGAUCUGCAAAAAUUAUGGAAUAUUGCAAUAAGGGCCCAAUAUGGGGAGAAAAAGCAGAAAGAUUUAAUUAAAGGGGAAGAGGAAAGAAUGGUAAAACACCCCACUAACUUGACUGCUUUGAAAAUGCCUUUUCAAAUGUGUUUUCAGUUGCAGGGUUGGAAAUAUUUGCUUGAACUGUAUGCUUUAAAGUUCAGAAAAAGAAUAAUCUUUUAUCAGCAUAAGCAGAGGUGUAUUCUUAAUGCCUUUUGCAAAAAAAUCAUUGCAGUAAACUGAAUGCCACUGUAGAACAUCAUUUCUCACCAUAAAUGCAAUUUAAUGGAGAACAAAGUAAGAUUUUACACUUGGGCAAGGAAAAAAAUACAAAAAACCAAAUGCACAGGUGUGGAAUAGGUGUUUCCUGGCUCAACUGGAAGAAAUGGCGAGACGGAUCUGCUAGAUGGAAACUUAUCGAAGAAAUUCCAAUUUAGAAAUAAGGAGAAAUUUUCUUGACAGUGAGAACGAUUAAUCAGAGGAAUGGGAGGCCUUCA